CCUCUGAAGCAACAGGGCUGGAAUGGAGACCCGCGGGCCCAUUGCCGGUGGAUCAGGGAGGAAAAGGCAGGGGAAAAGCGGGUUGCCCUUCUCUUCGGGCAACGCAGGGGGCCGUGCGGGCUCCGGCCGGGCCGGUCCCAGCCCGCCGCUCCAGGACCGGCCUCCUGCCGGCGCUGGCUGCGGCACGGCGGCGGGGCGGGGAGGAGGCCGGGCCGGCGGCGGGAUGCGGCGGCAGGUGCCUCCCCCCGCCCGCGGGCCGCGCCCGGCUCCGCGCAGCAACGCGGCCUCGGGCGGGGGAGCGGCGGCGCCGCCGGGGCGGGCGCGGGGCGCCGGGGAAGGGGAGGAGACGGCGGCGGCGGCGGGGCGGGCAGGAGGCGCGGCGGGCAGCUCAUGGGAACUGGAAGCCAACCAAGUCCUACAGAACUCAGGGAAACUGGAUCUUCAGGUGCCAGUCUCACACAAAGCCUGGAUAGAGGUGCUGACUGCUGUGGAAAAAAGCAGGAAGAUGACAGUGAUGGAUCAGGAUGCAAUUAAAUAGCAGGAAUAACUGAUGUCACAGCAGUAUUUGGGCUGCACAGGAGUCCUGCUUUCAAAUCAAGCAGUAUUUGUCUUGUAACAGGCCCAGCCACAUGACACAGGGUUUACAUCCACGGUUUUCUUCGUUGUGAAAAAUGCAGUAGUUUCAUCAGCACAGGAACAUUCAUGUACUUUAAAAUGAACUGCCUGGAGAAAACAGCACAGAGCCCUUCUCUUCUGCUCACAUUGCCACUGCCAAGCUCCUGAGAGAGGACAUAAUUUACUUUAUACUGUGGUGUGGCAAGGGCCAAGGAGAGGAGUUGGAGAGGAGACAUCCAAAGAAAGGUCAUCUCUUCUACCUCAUCAUGGCAUGAACUGUAGACACAAGAAAACCCUCUCCCAUCACGCUGCAUGGGAUAAUGUUGCCACCAAGCAUGUUUUAAGCCAUAGAGCUUUUUAAAGAUUCAAGCAGUGAUGUGGGAACUUCAUCCCUCAGACUGAACAGGCUGACAGUACACAGUGCUGAGACUGAACACAGCAAAACUCUGACUUACACAUGGAUCUCUUUUACAAGCUCCAUUACUUUCCUUUGCUAAAAGGGAAUUAUAUUAUUUCUUGUUGCGUCCUUGGGGCUGAGGAGAUGAAAACCAUUUCACAUUUUGUGUGGAACAAUGAGGCCCUGUUCUCACUUGGCAUCUUAAACUCUUGCUUUAAUAUAACUUAGGGAAAAAAAAAAAAGGUUGAGCAUUAACGAAUGAAAUAAAAAUGCUAAACUAGAUUAUUUAGCUUCUCUAUCAGAAGUAAAAGUCAUUUACAAGGAAAGGUGCUAAUCUGACUUGCAUAACUUCAUGUACAAUUUCUCAACCUUUUCUACAUCUGCCAUCAGCGGUGCCCUGUAGACUUCAUCAGUGAAACAGAUCAGUAAGGUACCAUUCCUUUGAAAAUAGCAAAUUUAUAAAUUUUCCUUUUCUUUCAUAAACCCACCAUGCCAUUUAAAACCCUGUCUCAUAGCCCAUGACUGUGCAGAACUUAUUUCUAUAAUACAUUUUGACAUCCUGGUUUUAUAAGGGCCUGAAUUCUCAGUUGUUGCCUUGAUGUAAAUGUAUAGGCAAAUCUAUAGGUAAAUCUAUUUUCCUCUGCCAAAUAGGAGCCAGGGUUAUCUGUGUAAAGAUAAGUUGUUCAGUCUUAGAGAAGACUUCAGGGAAAUGCCACCAUUACUUAUUGAAAUUAUUCUUUACUCUGUGAAUAAAGCCAAUAACAUAAUUGGGAUUAUCUGAAGAGUGAAAUAUGAUUCAAUUUGAGUAAGCAUGGCUGUGUGCAGACAUUAGUGGGAGAGUAAAUUCAGCACCAAAUAAUAAAAUGAGACUGUGGUCAGCUUC